AGUCGGCGUCUGGGGCUGCCUGCCUUUGCUCUCACCUUCCUGCGUGUCCCGGCGUUUUAAACCCAAACACAAGAAAGAGGAAGACUACACAGCACGCACAUGGGAGAACGCAAGAUUUUUUUCAUUCCUGCACGUCGCACGAUGGCUUAUAUAUGAGGAGGACACUUUGGGAUGCGGACAUAAACAAGCGUCUCCACGGAGAGAAGCGCAUGAGAAAACACAACGCUGUCCGUCCUCUCUCCGACACCGAGAAGGACUACUCCCCACCUCGAUUGUGACACCUCCGCUAAAUCGCCGAGAAAGGAUAACAGUGUCUUUUACGCUGGAGACGAAAGACCGAGUCUAACAUUACCAUUCAUCUGCCAGUGACUGACUGACUGUAUGGCUUUAAAAAGUUGCCUGGAGAACAUGGACAUCUGACGUGCGCCACACGGCGUCAUUGGACACAUUGAGCCUCUCUCUCUCUUUCUCCAUCACCUCUUGGACUGACUAAUCCGCUGCGCUUUGGUUUGGGGGUAAGAAGAAGUGUUCAGCAGUUGUCAUUUGCCCUGACACAGGCUACAUCCAAUAGCUCCCUGCAUAAGGGGGAACAUUAUCACAGCACAGAAGACACUGCCUGUUGUGCUGCGCAUUCGCGUGUGUUGCGUGUGUUUGUGCAUUGGUGGGAGAAAUAUUUUGUCAGCUCACCACGGAUUUGUCAGAGCUGAAAUCCUGCAUGAAAUAAAGCACAUGAUUCAUCAGGACCCUCGACCUGCAUCAGAGAGAAAACACAGUGACGCGUUGGUUUUGUAACUUUAAACCUGAACAAGUGUCAUCUCCAGUGUCCCCUUGAAUGGUCACAUUCUCGCUAUUCCCUUCGCGUUUUCUAUGCUGUGCGCAUUUCUAUUUGUUUAGCAUUCACACACUGCGCCAGUAACACACGGCCACAUGUGAAUGAGACUCAUCACCUGUCCCGGUUGAAGCGCCCGUACAACUCGACUGACUGACUGACCGACUCUGAAGAGGAAUACGUGCCGAAGUUUUGCUGUAGUGAUGCUGCAAAUGGAAAUGGUCAUCUUCGUCUGCCUGGUGCUGUUGAUGUGUGUAUUUAGCCAGGAGCCCAGUUCCAAAGUGGUGGCCGACCGCUACGCCGUCUUCUGGAACCGGACCAACGCCAAGUUCCAUCGUGGGGACUACCACAUUGACGUGUGCAUAAACGACUACCUGGAUGUCUACUGUCCUCACUACGAAGACUCAGUGCCUGAGGAGCGGACAGAGCGCUAUGUCCUCUAUAUGGUUAACUACGAUGGCUACAGCACGUGCGACCACACCGCCAAGGGCUUCAAACGCUGGGAGUGCAACAGGCCGCACUCCCCGAAUGGACCACUCAAGUUUUCGGAGAAGUUCCAGCUCUUCACUCCCUUCUCCUUGGGCUUUGAGUUCAGACCGGGCAGAGAAUACUACUACAUCUCCUCCACCAUUGCUGAGAACGGGAGGAAAACAUGCCUGAAGCUCAAAGUUUUCGUCCGACCAUCAAACAGCUGUGUGAAAACUAUAGGCGUACAUGACCGCGUUUUUGAUGUAAACGACAAAGUAGACAAUACAUUAGAACCACGAGACGAUACCAGCCAUGAACCGGCUGAACCUUCCAGAAGUGAUGAAACAAAUGCUGCACCGCACCUGCAGAAAACAAGUCCACUCCUGGCUUUGUUGCUGGUCUGCCUACCAGCACUCUUCACUUUAUAGCGCCUCCCUCUGUCCUGGAGGGCAUUUACACCUAGCGUGGCCUGAAUCUGCCCGAGGCUGCAGGGAAGGGGCGGGAAUUGGGUGGAGCGUGUUUGCUUGAUUGGGCAUCAGAGCAGGCUUCUCAAGGAACCCUCUAUUUUUUUCAGAAAUAUAUUUAAGUGGUCUUUCUCCGUCUGUGAGUGAAAAAAGUUGAUGUUGGAAGUGGGAGAGACAGUUCCCCCUCUCAAACCUUCAACUAAGAUGCCAAAUCCCGUUUUUUGACACUUAGUGAUUCUUAUUUUCCCGUGAAUUUUUUGUGACAUCCCUUUACAUCAUGUUUAUGUCAUUGCAGCACUGAUGUGUAUCCACACACACAUACACAUAUAUAGCACAUACACACAUGCUUACAGUCAAAUAAAAAAUGCCUCUACACUAACAGUGAAUAGCAGUAGGAUUUUUAGUUGUGUACAGUAGCAGCAUUACACAGUAGGAAAGUGAAGAUUCUAGGACUUAGAAAGGACUGUACAUACAUAAAUACAUCGUUGUCCCGAGACCUCUCAAGAAGCCUUUCAGAAAAUAUUUUGAAGUUCUGCUGGGUCAUAAGAAGCUGAUUUUUGUGCCUCCAUUUUACUGAGAAGUGCAGUACAAAGCUAAAAGAUGAAGAAAUAGGAAAAGAAGAGUAAUGGUUGUAAGCAGGGGUCAGAGGGGAAACCACAGCACUGAGAAAUACGUACAUGGCAUGAACCUUAGCCCGCUGAAUACAAAGUGUGUGAAUAGGUGAAUAAGCUACUUACAGCUUGAGUGAGUGAGUGUAAAACCCAUGGAACCAUGAGGCAACCUUUUCUUGUUGUCCUUUGUGUAGAGCAUGCCAGUCUGCUCAAUAAAACUCCUCUCAAAGCAUUUGGUUCACUCUGACUCACAAAACAGCUAAAUUGAAACUUUCUCUCCAGACACUUUGUAGACUGCUAUUAAGAUUGAGGAUCGAUAUCUUUUGAAAGUUGAUCACACAAUUUCACGGCAACAGUCACAGUCAUUUUACGCAAUGUUUACUGAGCUGGGCAGCAAUUGUUCUCUCUGUUCCAUUUGAGUAUUAGUCGAUAUUAACACCCCCAUAAACAUUUGCAUUCACAGCUUUUUUCUCUGAUACUGAUUGUUAAAGUGAUUGUUUAAAAAUGAUUCACAGCUAAAUUGGACACUUUAUUUUUUUCUAAACCAAUAAGUUAUUUUACUUUGCCGCCAAUGGUGUCUCCAAAUAUUGUCUCUCACAUUGCAGACACUGUAAACUUUGUAUUUUUGUUUUGUCUGAAAUCCACUUAAAUGAGAACAAUAACAGAGGUCAUGGGUGUGUGAAAAGACACUUGGGUUCACAGUGCCAUACUUUUUUUCACAUCUUUGUCUCUUAAACAUAACCACAGCUUUGACCCAUUCACUUUAUUGCAGCAAUUAGUGCAGCGUUUAGAAGACUGAUGCAUAGCUCCAAUUAGUUGAAAACACAUUGUGUGAACAGAGAAACUACCCAUUUAAUUCAACUCAAUGCACAGGUCUAUUUAGUCUAGCCAGGUUUAUGUUAGCACUUACAUUCAAAUGAAUUCACUGUUAUAAUGAUAUUCAGCUUCUUCAGCUCCCACAGAUGCACAUGGUGAGUUAGCAUAAUGAAAGCUAUUAUGUCUUUUUUUCAAACAGAAGGGACUUGUUUCUUUGCUUUCAAAGAAGUAUGGACCGGUAGAGAAAUUAACUCUGCUGAAGCUGAUUUUCUUUCAGAGCCAGGUUUUUGUAUGAGAAAUAGGGCACCAAUUGGUUUGAAAAGAGAAAUAGAGUAAGAAAAGGAGCACAGGAGCAAUUGCAUGUCCACCUUCAGCUCUUAGUGUUACUGGUUUAAGUGACUCUUUAAUGAGGUUCAAAAUGACAGGCAUGUGGACCCCAUGUUGUGGCAAGGGGAGUUAUUUCUGGUAUUAAAAAUAGAUGGUGGAAGGCUUGGGGGGUCUCGGGAGGGGGGUGUAGAUUUCCACCGUGGGUUUUUUUAAAGCACCGAUGACCUUGCAGUUUGAGAGAAUUGGUGAGUGAAGGAGAUGGAGAGAAUUAGAGGGAGAGAUGCACACACAGGAACAGAUAGAAAAGACAUGGGAGGCAGCCAAAGGUAGUGUGCCUAACAAAACAAAAUAAGACAAAACAACUAAAAAUCCAUGCAACACAAAAAACACCUGAUUCAAUAAUAAACCUAGUGUUUAGUAUCAUUCUGUCUCAAAAGGCAUGCACUGUUUUUGCUGUUUUCAUUUUUAUGGCAUCCCCCCCCCACAAAGACUGCCUUUGCCUUUUGUUUUUUUGCGCUACGGUAACAAUGCUAUUAAAGCGGAAUAGCAGCUCAGCUAUGGGGGGUAAUAGGAGAUGAGGCCAUUUAAUGAGGUACUAAUUUUCAGGAGAACACCACAGGGAAUGAGCACCGCAUAAGAUUCAAAAUGGACGCUUGUCAGCAGAUUAACACUAGACUUUUAUCAGAAACCAGCUUCAAUUGUACUCUCUUAUGAUUACCAAUACUACUAUUUGUCAUUAUUGCUAUUAUUACCAUGGUUUAUUCUGUACACACCUUAACCUGGGAAAUGAGGAUCAACUUAUAAACUGGAUACUGUGUAUCCUGAGGUAGUCAACAAUAAAACAUGUAGUGUUAGGUUAGUAUCUGUUUUGUACCUUUCUGGAGGACAAAAGAAAAAAAUGAGAUACAUCAUUGUUAAAACUGUAUAAUUAUUAUUAUUGUUAUGAUGAUGAUGAUUAUGACUAUUAUUAUUAGGAAAACUUCUUGAUGUAAAUAGUGUUUGAUAUUAAAGUAUUAAUUUGGUUCUUAUGUCUUUUCUAAAAAAUGAAUACGGUAUUAUCUCUGGGUUUUGCGGAGUGUGUACUGUCCUCAAACAAUGCAUUGUGUGCUUUGGUCCUCAAUGCCUAAUGAAACUUUGAGCUAAUAUGAAGGGGAAACCUGUGGGAGCUGUACACCAAUGUACAGAAGGCUGGACAUUAGCCAAACGAGUGGCUCACCUGUUACAUGUUUCAAACCAGUCACCAACCUUCACCAUCUCUUCACAUAAGGAUCCUGCCUAGGAAAGAAACACUUGGGACUUAAUAGACGGCUUAUUUGUACUUUUUUUGCCUUCAGUGUUUGAAAGCAUGUUGGUCAGCUGUUUGCUUUUUAAUGGAAGGAUCUCGCCAGUUUCAUUAUGUGGCAUGCGCAUGAACUUGAUGACAUGUAUAAAAAAAAAAAAAAAAAAAAAAAAAAAAAAAAAAAAAUCAAAAGUUUUAAAAAGAAAGUUUUCUUUUGUUCUUAUUUUCUUUUUCUUUAAGACGAGUUAGAUUUUCUGAUCACUUUCAUGUUGUGUGUUUUUGCAUCCCCAUUUGAGUGAUGUCAUUAAGCUGUGUAGUGACAUGACAAAUGUACAUAACACAAACCAUUGUUGUGAAGUUACAGUGGGGGUCAGUCAUUUUGUAGUUCAAAAGCAACUUUGUUUUUCCUAAGAAUGACUCUUUCUGUACCCAUCUACUGAAUUCAUCCCAUGUAGUUGCCGUCUGUCUCUUCUGACUAUUCAUCCUCUUUCUGCGCUCCCAAGAGAAGGCGUUUUGGGAGUGUAUACAUCAGUGUGGACGUUUUUCAGUGUAAAAAAAUGUGUGAGACCUUUGAGUUUGUGUGUGUGCGUAUCUCAUUUGCUGUUGCCGCAGUGAAUGGGAAGCGGCAACCCUCUUUGGCAACGAAGAGUGUUUCCCAUGCCUUAGCCCUUCAGCCUCUGCCCUGGCAGCCCCGUCUGUGUACAAGACGCUUUCUGCCAUUGUGCUUUUACACGGAACGGCUGCUGGCGUCGAAGAGACUACAACAGGGCCCUUCACUUUCUCUCCCUUUUUAACAACCCUGAAUCACUUGUCCCUACAGUAGACGUUGGUCCUGGGCACAGUUCAAGGAUUAGUACACCCCCUCCACGAAAUCCUGAACUGGAUUGUUAGCGGGGUAAAGCCUAGCAUCGAUCCAGGUUCUGUGCGUACAGGGCUAAGCCUCUCUUCGUCAGCUCCCUUCUUGCUGAUGAGCCACUUGUUCAUUUUGUGCACCUGUCCUGUCCCAUUCUUCUUGUGCUUGUAUAACCUCCACCACACCACCUGCUGUCCUUCUUCCCUCACCUUUGAACCCCGCUCCCACUUUGCCAUCAGUGGGGAAUAUUUCCAACCUGCUCUUUUACAGUAUAUAAACAACAAAAAAAUUUGACAAAAAAUUAUCUGUAUUUGUAUAUACACGUGUCUGAGCAACUAUGAGUAAUACAAUAAAACGGAAAUACAUUGCUUUGA